AUGGCGGAAAGCAAGAUUGCCUCGACCACGCCGCUAGCCACUAUUCCUGCGCCCAUCGCUGGCAGUGAACAAGCCGGCCCCCUUAAGACAGAUGCCACCGCUGCUGUCAACAGUUCUUCUAUUAACGGCGCCGGCGAGCAGCUGCCCUGUCAAUGGGCCGGCUGCACUGAAAAGUCUCCUACCGCCGAGGCCCUCCACAGGCAUGUCUGCGACCGCCAUGUUGGCCGCAAGAGCACUAACAACCUCAACUUGACUUGCCAAUGGGGUACCUGCAAUACCACCACUGUCAAGCGUAAUCAUAUCACCUCCCACAUUCUUGUUCAUGUACCCCUCAAACCCCACAAGUGCGAUUUCUGCGGCAGGGCCUUCAAGCGUCCCCAGGAUCGGAAGAAGCAUGUCCAGACCCACGCUGACAAUUCAGAGAUCCGGUCUCCUGAAUCCGGCAUAAAGCACCCCGAUAUGAUGUUCCCGCGAAGCUCGACAGGUUAUGCUGCCGCUACUCACUACUUUGAGAGCCCUCUCAAUGCCGUCAAUGGCGGAUAUACACAUGGAGCACCGCAGUACUACCAGCCACACAAUCACCUUCAUCCCGCAAACCCGCAUUCCUACGGUAAAUUAUGCUCUGCCUUGGACCAUGGACAAGAUGGAAGCCAUAACUACGGCCGAAAGCGUGGCUACGAUGCACUGAACGAGUUCUUUGGCGACUUGAAGCGCCGCCAGUUCGACCCUAACUCCUAUGCUGCGGUCGGCCAGCGUCUGCUGGGACUGCAGACUUUUCAGCUUCCCAUUUUGAAUGGCCGUUUGAGUGAAUACGAGCAUAUGCCUGCGUCUGUCGCGGUCGGCUACGGCGGCGGUUACAGACCCAGUGGUUCCCAGGCUCCUGGCUAUCACCUUCCUCCUAUGUCCAGUGUUCGGACUAAGAACGACCUGAUCAACAUCGAUCAGUUCCUCGAGCAAAUGCAGAACACCAUUUACGACAGUUCUGAGAACAUAGCUGCUGCUGGUGGCACCCAGACCGGUGCUCACUACAUACUCGGUGGCAUGAACUACCGUGCUAUCCACUCUCCUCCGCUCCAGCUCCCGGCAAGCCACGUCACUGCGAGCUCCCAGGCCGCCCCCAUGAUGGCCGCUUCGGCCUCCCCGUUCGUCCGUACCUCUGCUCUGACCCCACCUCCCAGCGCACAGUCAUAUACCUCGCAACGCUCUCCGAUCUCCAUGCAUCACGUCCAGCGCGUGUCACCCCCUCACGAGAGCGGCGGUGGCAUGUACCCUUGUCUGCCGUCGGCCACUGUCGCCGACAAGAUUCCUACAGACUACCCGACCGCGCCAAGUAGAGCACUGCCAUCCGCCCUGGGCGGAGCACACGACCACAACGACCGUCGCUGCUACACCGGCGGCACCCUGCAACGCGCCCAACCGGCCAAGCGAGCUGCUACCAAGAGCUACAUGGGUAUUCUGCAGGAUAGCAAGUAUGACGGUAAACGCUCUUCCAUCAAGGUGCAUCUCGCUCUCCACAUCUCGGGGAGCUUGCCCGUUCGGCACCCUAGCACUUCACCCGAGCCCAACCUGGAAGCAGCCCAGCGGGAUGUCAGUGUCGCCUGGGUGGAGAAGGUUCGUCUCCUUGAAAACUUGCGUCGCCUCGUCUCCGAGCUGUUGGAGGCUGGCAGCUUCAAUGCAGGGAUUAGAGGACAGAGCUCCUCUGCCUCUACUUCUCCGACCCCAGAACUCGAUUUCAUGGACGGUGUUGAGACAGGGACUGCGUGUGUCUCUACCGAGCAGACCAAGGAGGAGCCCUUCAGGCGUAAAAGCGAGGCAGUCUUAUAUCCCAUGUUACGUGAUGUAUGA